AUGAAUACUGCGCGUGCCCUCUCUCUUCUCUCUACCCUCACCCAGGAGAUCUUUCCGGCCAAUGACGGUGGACCGCGGAAACCGGACGGACGCGAUUCCCUGGUGGCCGGGAAGAACCUCUGUGCAAGCCCAACGGCCCUGAGUCAAAGUCAUCGGCGCUUGACCUCGGAUUGGAUCUUACGCGUUGGAACCAUUAUUCACCCCGAAUGUUUUCUUGGAAUGUUGCAUGACUGGUCGAAUACGCGACCUCGUGAAUGA